CAGUAUUUGAUAUGUUACCUGAAAGUGUAAGGAGACCCAUGUUAUUCUAAUGAAAGAAUAUCUUUUUGAAACGACAGAAAAUAAACUAAGCAAGAACAUGACGUUACGCAGGUCUAAACUUACCAAAAUAUUAAAAAUCGGUGGAGCCAUUUGUAUAAUUUCUGCCAUUUUAAUAGUGGUAGCAGCACUGACUCUUUUACCAGGAAAGUCAAAACUACUUCUCAAACAUCUACCACAAUUAGCAUUAAAAUCAGGAAAUGUAGCCUUUGAUGAGAGCUCUCAAACAUUAUUGUUCACAGAUAGAGAGUCAAGUAAGCAUUACCUUAGUAUAGUUGUGCCUAAAAAACAAUCAUCCAAAAGAUGUAAAGAUUUCAUUGAUGGAAAAACAUCACAAAAUGAAGACGGAUCUGAUGCCACUUAUGGAAAGAAUGAAGAUUUAUUCUCUGCCAGAAAUCCUGAGAUCUGUUUGCUCUUUUCCAAUGGAUUAAAUCUUGCUGUGUAUGAAGAUAAUUUGGAAGGGCUGCAGUGUCAUAUUGUGCAUUGGGUAUCACCCAACAAGGAAGCAGAUAUAACAAAUUGUGUCGACAUCACCAAUGACAAUUGGUAUGGUGGUGGGGGUUUGUCUGUUCAACGCUGGCCAAUAAACAGAGUGAAUGUGUCACUACAGCCUUAUCUUACAAAGAAGUUUAAAUUUUCCAAAACAGAAUCGGAUAAUGGGGCAAGCUUUGAUUCAUUCAUAGAGCCCUAUUUUAUCAGUGCUAGCGGGACGGUUAUAAUGCUGGAUUCUAACCUACCUUUAUUCAUCUCAAUGAAUUUCAACAAUGACAAAAAAAUAUGUUUUAACUCUGCCUACAAAAAGCCUUAUUACUCUCAUGAGUCAAAUGACCAGGUCAUCUUGAAAUAUAAAGUUUGCAAGGACAAGCUAGGCAAGACUGCACACAGGCAUUUCUUAGAUGCUAAAGCACUUGAACAUUCAACCGUGUCACCCCCUGUGACCAUGCUGUUAAAACCCAUAUGGAGUACUCGAGGGAUAAACCUAGAUGAUAUUGACCAGUCAACCGUACUGUCUUUUGUGAAGAAUAUAAAGUCCAACAAGCUGCCAUAUAGUCAGCUGUUUAUUGAUGGCAAUUAUAUAAGAUCAAGUGGCUAUUUCUAUUUUAAUGAGAAUAAAUUUCCAAACUCUCAUCAGAUGAUAAUGGAGUUUGAUUCUGACCCUUCCUCUGAUAAAUUACCCGUCGGUAUGGAAGUAUAUCCUUAUCUGCCCUCCUCAAAAGAGUUUGAAACUUUUGCAGUUGUGUACAAAAAUAAGGAGAACAGUGUGGUACAGAUGAAACAGCCGUUGUACUUGGAUGUAACCAGCGACAAUGGGGUGUCAUGGUAUGCAUCACAGCUGAAAGAGGUCAGCAAAGAGCUGUCCAUCACAGGCUUUAGAUUUUCUGGAGGUCAUGCUUUCGAUUUGCUAGGCAACCGGGACCUGUCCUUGCUGGCAUUCAACAAAACAAUGCAUCCAAACAUGUUCACAAAGCUGUAUGCAGAAAUAGCCAGCGAUUUCGGAGACAGGUGUUUGCAGGGCAGCGGCUUCAAAAGUCAGACCCAUACUUCAGUGGCAGAUGCAGGGCCAAUGAUGUCGACGUGGGAGCACGCCAAAGGCCUGAAGAGUAUCAUACCCACAACAUUGACCUAUGGCCUCAUGGGGUACCCAUUUGUUCUCACCGGGCCCAUUGGGGGAGUGAACACAGCCGAUCAGACUCCGGGGGAUUUCCUCCCACCUGAUAAAGAACUGUACAUCCGCUGGCUGCAAAUUGCCAUCUUCCUUCCAGUGAUGGAGCUAUCUUACGGACCGUGGGUGUACGGUGAAGAAGUUGUCAACUACACGAGGACACUCUUGGAGUAUAGGCGUACAGUUUUAUGGCCCAAGUAUCUGUCAGGAGCAGUCAAAGAAGCCACAGAUGUUGGUAAGGGAAAUAUUUUAACAUAGUAACAUGCAAUUAUUGUUACCGUUUUCAUUCUGCAAUGUCAAAUUUGCUACUUAAGAAAAGAAGAAUAUUUGAUUGAUAUAAAAGUUAUUUUAAAAAGUGUUGAACGUUUUGAUCUUGGGUUUAGUGUUGUACAUACAAUUAAUUCUCUUCAGUCAUGUACUUAUUACUUUAGAACUCCCAACCAGUUGUGGUCUCUAAAUGUUUUUUUUUGGGGGGGGGGAUGGGGGGGUGUUUGGGAGGGGCUCGGGGGGAGGGGUAGUAUAAAAUUCUGAUAAUUUUUUCAUAUUUUCAUUCAUAAUGAAUUAUUUCUAAUUAAAUUUUUUUUUAAUGCUGCAAGCGUGUAAUCUAACCAUGUGAUAACCAAGUGUACAGGUGGGCAGGUGCUGGGUGACCCCAGUUAGAAAACUCACUUGCCAUGUGAAUAAAUCUGUGUUUGAUUGCUGGUUAAAACAACCAUUCCUCCACCUCCUCCCCCAUGCCCUUGUAGUUCUUAUUUAGUUUUUUUAUAUUUGAUUCUGACACACAAAGCUUUAAACAAAAUUAAAUCCAAAUAUUGUCAUAGAUCGUUAGAAAUAUUUUACUGUGUUCAGUGGUGCAGGAAGGGGGUGCAGAGUGGACGGUCCACCCUGAUGGCACAUUUUUCUUUAUAUUGUGGGCAAUGUUCCCUUUAAGGUGCGUGGCUGCGCAGCUAUCUCACAGACGCUGCGCAGCAGUUUUGAGUAUCCGUGCAGCUAAUUUCCAUGUAACUGUGUGUUUAUGUUUGUGAGCUGUAAAAUGUUGCACACAAAAAAAUUGAUGCUGUUAAACUGUGCACACAACUGUAUGAUUUUGCACACGAACCAGCAAACUUUAGAGGGAACAUUGAUUGUGGGGUGUCAUUUUCGGUCAACAGCAGAGGGGUUUUUUUUCGCAGAAGAGAGGGGGCAAAAAUCUUUGCCUCCCCUUGGAGGCACCAACCCUAGCUACGCCACUGUUUAUAUCUAUUUUUUUUUAUGGGACUUGAGUAGUUCUUGUACAAUGACUAUUCACUCAGGAAUACCCAGUCAGUUAAAAUAGAAGUAUAUGUUACAACUUAUAAAUGAAAGUGCUUUGCUGCAAAUUAAAUUCAUGCGAUGUGUAUCCUCACAGGAACGCCCAUUGCCCGCCCACUGUGGUUUGUCUCCCCCUGGGACAAGGUGGCUCAGUUUAUCGACUGUGAGUUUUUUCUCAGCAAUAGCCUCUUGGUUGCCCCCGUCAUGUUCCCUAAUGCCAGGCAUCGUGACGUCUAUCUGCCCGAGGGUUUCUGGUGGAAGGACCAGCUGCGUGGUCAGUACUACUCAGGAGGACAGUGGCUCCGAAGCUUUGAGGUUGGGCUUUAUGAAAUCGCCACCUUCAUUCAGGAGCGACCCCCAAAGGUAGAUAUCUUGAAAUAACACAAACAUCAAUCAAAGUUUUACAUUUUAAACAAAGUUUGUUCAAAAUAUAUUUAAUAAAGGUCUAAAGUUAAAAGAACUUUAGCAUGUAGAAAGUAAUAGUGCAAGUUUACCUUGUUGCCCAAAUGUAAAGUUUAUGCUAGCUUGUUCUAUGUUGUUCAAUGUAAAGUUUGUCUUAGCUUCUUCUAUGUUGCCCAAUGUAAGUAGCGCUUUUGUGGUAUCAUUAACAUUAUUUUGGAGUGGGAUUAAAGGGUUCAACAACGGCCAUAAGUGUUUUGUAUCACUACGCCUUCCUGAGCUUACGUCAUAAUAUUUUCCCCCAUGUAUUCUUACCUAUAUCUCUUUUCUGUUUAUUAACAUUGUGUAAUGAGUUGGGACCAAGCUCAUCGAAUCUUUCAUUACUAUUUAUAACGUUGGGUAAGGAGUUGGGACCAGUAUCAUCUAAUAUUUCAACACCAGUUAUACAGUCAUCACUUUCAAAGAUUCAUUUCCUAACACUCCACUGCUAACAUUAACACUGUGUUCUGUUUUAGUAAAAAUAUAUAACAAAGGACGACUCAUCACCACCUCAAGACUUGGACAUAAAAGAGUCCUAAAAUAGACCAUCUGAUGGGAUGCGGCCACCAUAAAGUCUUUCACAUGGACAACUGACGUGACUUGGCCACCGGGUCUUUCAGAUGCCUAAUGGUUUCAGCCAUCCUGAGCUCAGCCCAAUCAACUGGUCAUGUCUGCAUCCUUGGCCUUUUACUUCAUUUUGUUAUAAUGGGAUAUUGGUUUACAAUGUCAGACGUGUUUACCACAGGGUGAGUGUCAGAGUAGUUUUCAGCUCUCAAAAAUGUAGCUUCAAACUCCAAAGAAUAUUUUGUUAAAAUAUAGUUAACUAAAAGAAAUAUACAAAUCAUGGUUCCCGCAUGUGUUGAAGGAUGUCGUUCUUAUUCGAUCGCUUAUGGUGUUAAUACAAAAAGUGCAGUAAAUUUUUACUGAAAACACCUCAAUUAUUUAUUUUUAAUUAAAAAUCAACCAAAGCAAUGAAAAAUCUCUUGAAAACGUAGUUUUUUUAGGCUCGUCGUAGUGCCGUAGUCUUGGGCUUAAGAACGUAGUUACUACGGCGAAAGCGUAGGGGUAAACAGGUCUGUAAUAUUAAUCGUAUAAUCUUUUAAUCAUUGGCUUGAGUGAUGUUGUGAUUGGCUUGAGAUAAGUACAGGCACUGUCACAUUUGUGCUUGAAAGAACUACCUAGGACAGUGCUUCUCAAACUUGUCAGUGUGUCUCAGCACCAGGAAUGUAUCCGCAUUGCAGCAUGGACCAGAGCUCAAUUCUUUGGUUAUAAUAAUUUUUUUUUAAAACCUUUCUUAAGUUAUUACAUCUUCCUGAACUGUUCCUGGUCGCCUUGCAGACUGGUGCCGGUCCACUGACCACAGCUUUGAGAAGCACUCAUCUAGAAAGAUGAUAUGGAUUGAGACAAACUUUUUGUACGUGAACUUGUUUGAUUGAAAAGUACAUUCUAAUUAGUAGGUUUAGAAUAUUUUUUUAAUUAUUGGUCAGUUGGUCCAUUUUGGAGCGCUUGAUGUGUAAAUCAACUUUUCGUAAUUACCGAUCAAAUCUAAGGUAUAAUACACAUCUUGGUACAAUUGGUACAUACAUAUACACUAAUAUAUACACACUGAAAGUUUGGACCAAGAAAAAGUUGAGUGAAUAUUGAAAUUGGUCAGUAUGUUUAUUGCUGAUAAAACUUUUAUGACUACCCAUCUGCAAUACUGAUAUUUAUAUGAUGUACCAGGCAUUCAAUAUUUGCCCGGUGUUUGAGUUCAGGGGUCAUUUCCGCCGCAGCUGAUUCCAGGGUAUGUUUCCUCUUCGCACUUUUGAAGGUGAAUUGAAGAUGUCUACUCAUUUCAUAUCAACAAAGGUUGGUCCUGCUUUCCACUGCCUGGGAUUCAUCAUUGCUCGAUCAAUUCAUUCCAUUCUAUUUAGACUGAAAGGUCAAUAAGUCAUGUCUGUCUACUCAUUUCAUAUCAAUGCCUGCUGCUGUAUCAUGACAUUGGUCAAUAUUUUUUGUUGUCCUGCAUACGUACUCUGCUUAAAUCAAAUCCCCGAUAUCAUUGUCAUAGCCUGUUUUGGAGGAAGGAUCUGGUUUCUAAAGACUUUCUAAUAACAUUUUAUGGGCCACGUGUAUAUCCGUUUAUUUAUAUAUUUUAGUUUUUUUUAGGAAUUGCAUUGAAUGCAAUUUAUAGAAAUUUCUAAUGCUGUUUUAGGAAGCAUGUUGUGAAUUUUAAUCUUACAUUGUUAAAUUUCUUUCUGAUUCUGUAUUGAUAUGUACAUUAGUUUUAAAGUUAAAAACUUUCAGAUUUUACCCAACCAUUUCACAGUUAAAUUAUUGAAGUUCAGUAUUUUAAACUAUUGCGGUUGAGUAUUUGUAUUGCGAUAGUUUCUGGUUUUUUUUCUCCGAUGAACCGUUGAGCAAACUUCAAGUAACCCCCUUGAUAGCAUUUAAAUGUCCUUCUUGGCAAUCUCUUAUUUGGCCAGAAUUUCUUGAAGCAUUUUUUAAAUGCUAUGCUUAUUAAAUAUAUACUUCCAUUAUAUAGUUUUAUUUAAUUUCAAACUAUUUGACGUUAGUUAUUCUUUAAAGAUACAAAAUUUGAUCUCUGAAAAUUUAAUUUCAAAAUAUUUUGAUGUUAGUUAUUUUUUUAAAGAGACAAAAUUGUAUCUCUGAAAAUGAAGAUGAGGCGAAUUGUUUCAUUAACAUGUGAGAUAAGAUGUCGCAUGGGAAUAAAUUCAAUGAACAACAAAG